UAAUUGUCAGUCAGUGUGUCAAUUUGAACAAAUGUAAACAAAAUACAGCAAAAUUUCAAUUUUUUGUCAAAAAAAAACCUAUAAUUACAAAUGAACUACAAUCGAACACAAUCCAAAACAAUCCAAAUCGGAACUACAAUCCUCAAGGUUCCAUUUUCGAGUGUCGGUCCAUUCAAUCAGCCCCGUAAACAUUUACUGACGUGGCCCCUACAUAAACUAACCUUAAAAUUAAACUUUGGGGCCUAAAUAUGGAACGGAAAAAGCAAAAAUACCGUUCGGACACGGCCUUGCUACUAGAAAAGGGUCAGGCGAGCUCCACUUUACAUUUAAAAAGCGACACCAAAGAGGACAGCUGGAAUAUUUUCCUGUUGCUUUUCCUGUACACUCUACAAGGGAUUCCUUUGGGUUUGAGCUCGGCUAUUCCGAUGAUUUUACAAAAUCGAGGUGUCAGCUAUAAACAACAGGCAGAAUUCAGUUUCGUUACUUGGCCCUUUAGCUUGAAGCUACUAUAUGGGCCCCAAUGGUGGACUGUAUUUAUUCUACACAAAUGGGACGCCGGAAAACUUGGCUGAUACCCACACAAUCAAGAUAUUGCAGUGGAUGGAUGGGCUUUGACGAUGUUGAAAAAAUGCAAGGCCAUGCUUCAACUUGCAACAGUGUCGGACAAUCUGCUGGGUUUUUUGAAGUGAAUACUUCUUUGGCCGCAUGAGAGUGAUUUUUCAAGUUCGCGUCACGACACGAUUUAUGAAAUUUUCGUCUCGCAAGUGAGAUGAAGCAUAUGAUGAAUAUGAGGGAGAGAGAGAGAGAAAGAGAUCGAUAAAUAAGUAUUCACUUCUAUCUCGUGUACUGUGCUGCACGCGACUUUUUUUUUCAAAUGCAAACUUGGAUCAUUUACUUCAAGUUUUGAAGCCUUAUUAUUUCCUAAAAUCAUUACCGUCUCACUCGUUUUAUUUCCAUCGAUAAUCGAUAAAUUAUUAUUUUCUGGAGAAAUAUCGGAUUUAAAAUACAAAAUUUCAGCCUUCUAUCUUUCACAUGCUACCUAAAUCCCUCUCGAUGCAAAUCCAAAUUGAGAUUAAAUAUUACUUCAAACCCGAUGAUUUGAAUUAAAGUUUCAAGCUUCUACUUAAAAUCAAUAUUCUGGAUAAAGGCGGAUUUUUGUUAGUAAUUUUACUACAGAGAAGGUGUUGAAAUAAAAUUAAAUAACCAGCUAAUUUUAUUUAUUUGUGUAACAAAAAACGUGAAAAACAAAUGUUUUUUUUUACAUUAAAAUUAUUAUAA